AAUGACUGUAAAGAAGAAAGAGGAAGAAGCAAUCCUGUUCUGUUGUAAAAGUGCUUUCGAUCUCCACAUCGUAAAAACGGUUCUACCCCUCAGAGCGUCAGGACCAGAUGGAGACAAAUGAUCCACAGAGAAACAUGAUGGACCCGGAGGUGUCUGUGCUGCUGCACUGUACACACUGGAGGGGGCUGCUGGAGACUCAAGUACAAGUGGAGCUUUCUGAAAGAUUCAACAGGCAGACAGAUCUGCAUCUGGAGCGUCACAUAAACGAGGUUUGGGCCGAGCGGCUAUCCAAGGAGCCGUGGCUUUUUAACGGCGCGAAAUUCAGACUACAUUCAUUCAGCUUGGCCUCUCCAAAGCAUCCACCUCACACUCAGUCCUUCCACGUCCCCCUCCUGCACGGCUCAGAGGACCGGUUGGGGCACGGCGAUGCUCAGCACCGUGUGGACGUUAGGAACGGGUGUAUAAAUCAGACAGAAAGUGCUGAAGGCGUUGUUCAGAAGACAGUUGACAUCCUGUCACAGGAACCGAAGAGCGCUGCAGCGGAUCAUCACUCGGACUCUGAGACCCUUCUGGUCCUGAGACUGGGCCUCACCUGCUACAAGGACUACCUGGGAACAAACUGGUCGUGUCAAGUGGCGGAGCUGCGUCGGCGUGGCGAGGAGGACUUUGACGAGCCUCUGGCGCUGCUGGCCCAGCCUCUCGGCGUGGGUGCCGUGCUGUGCACCGAUGACGGUCAGGUGGUGCUGAUCAGGAGGAGCCAGAAAGUGGCCGAGGCCGGCGGGCUCCUGGACAUUCCCGGGGGUCACCCAGAGCCCAAGGUGGUGUGUGGGCGUUUGGGUCAGGAGGUGCGUGAGGAACAGAUCAGCGUGGUCAUGAUGCAGCAGAGGCCCGAUGCUGUCGUCUCGGAGCUGUUCUCCUCCGUGUGUGCAGAGAUCAGGGACGAGGUGAAUAUUCCUCUGAGCUCGCUGGGAGCCCCCGUCCUGAUGGGCGUCGCUCUGAAUCACACCAGCGCAGGAAGACCGAGCGCCGAGUUCUACGUCAGCUGCUCACUGCGUUCUGACGAAGUGAGACAUUUAUACUGGGAGGGAGGCGCCGAGGCCAACGAGUCCACAGAUGUGGUCUUCCUCAGCAGUGCGGAGGUUCUGCAGAUGAACAGAAGCAGCCCCCUCUGGUCGGAGAUGUGUCCCUCGGCUAAAGGAGCCGUUCUUCUUUAUCAGAUGGUGAGACCGGACAGACCACAUCGCAGAGUGGACACAAAGGAUCAGCUCAACACAACGUGUCCAAGUUAGCUUUAUUCACUUUGGCGAUAGUGUUAAAACUGCAAAAAAUACUGUAAUUUUAGUCAUAUUUGUACUGUGUACAAAACUAAUUUAAAUGUAUCAAAAUACUUUGAAUACAAAUAUUCUUAAAAUUAUGUUUUGUCAAUGAAAUGACAAAUCUUUGAAUGUCAACGCAGAAAAUGAUUAAAAACUUGCUGAUAUUUGA